AUGGCAUUUGACUCUAUAGAUAUAUCUAAGCCGUCUAUUAAGUCUGUAAGACAUUCUUUCAGUACGUCAUUUCUGUUUGUCUCCAGUCUUAAUUCUAGCUUGCUUUUCAUUUAUUUUUUAAUGGACUAUUUGCUAAAAGUAAGAAAUAAACAAGAGUUGCAGGGAAAGGUCAUUUUAGUGGAUGAGUACUUGGGAGCCGAUGUAGCUGGAUUUAUUUCUGAAAUUUAUGAUGCCUACCCCAAUCACAAAGUUAUAUCUUACCACAGCCUCUCUUCAGAAUAUAAAGCAAAUUCUGUGAUUUCAUUAUUAGAUAAAAAAAGAGAAGAAAUAACUGUAGAAUAUAAAAAAUACGAUGCAAUAAUAAUAGAUGGAUGGUCGCACAGAAACAACAAAAUAUACAACAACACAAUAGAAUUAAUGAAUGAGAACAACGAACACUUCACAAGAAUAGAGCCAGAUAGCCAAGUUGUAUUUAUUAUUAAUAGAUCUACAAGCAAGCCAAAUUACAAAGACAUUUACAGGUGCUAUGGUGUAGUAUGUCUAAUGCCACUGGCAAUUGUUACACAGCAUACGCAUUCACUUACAAUUACUAUUAGAUCUAUGAGCAUAGAAGUACAUUUAUUAUACAAUUAUUUACACCAAAGAGAAUAUAGACUAUUUCAACAAUAAAAAUUCAUCGGAUA